AGAGAGAGAGAGAGAGAGAGAGAGAGAGAGAGAGAGAGAGAGAGAGAGAGAGAGAGAGAGAGCGCUAGCACCUAGCACACAGCAAAGCACUUUGGAGGUCACAGAAUUAAAAUAACUCAAAGGUUAACCAUAGACCUUUGGCCUGAUGGCAUAUUAUAAUGUUCCUGCUCAAUGUGGUAGACAAGUUCCACUGCAAACCGAAGACAGAGAUCGGCUCUCAACCCUUGAUGUUGUGUGGGCCAAUAAAUAUGAGGUUGAAACAAUCAGUCCUACAAGGGCCAAGGAGAUGGAAUUAAAGUUUUAUAAAGGUACCCCACCGCAAUGGCUGAACUUCUACUGGGCUGAACAAAUAAACUCCCCUUUUGUCAAGCGGGAUAGGUAUCAAGAAUUGCGAAAAAAGAUCAACGGAAUCAAAAAUACGAGUUGGAGCAUUGAUCAUAUUAACUUGUUCCAUGAACCAGGCAGUGGAGGGUCUACCUUGGCCAUGCAGGUACUGUGGGACCUGAGAAAAGAGUUAAGGUGUGCCAAAGUAUUAGAUUCUUCAACAGACCCAAAGGCAACGGCUCAACAAGUGCUGCACUUAUUUUUAGCAGGUGGUUCAGAAAACCAGAACACUGUUCUCCUUCUUCUGGACAACAAGUACACAAGUGAGGAUGCAUCAUUUCUAGAAAGCCUUGAAGAAAAGCUCUGUGACGAAAUUAAAGCCAACAAUAUAACUACUACAAUCCCUGUAGUCAUCAUUUUAAACUGUAUCCGCCAGACACAUGGCGGAUACAUGGGAGAAUCAAUGAAAAAUAUAAAUCUGAAUUCAAAUCUUUCAACAACAGAGAAAAUGAAGUUUGACAGUAAACUGUCUGACAUCAUUCAAACACAUGGAGACAGACAUACUGAACUGCAUGCCUUUAACAUCAUGCAGAGUAAUGACAGCAAAUCGUACGUUGAAAAUGUCUGCAGAACUCUUCUUGAGGAAGUAACUUUAAAAAAGAAAUGGAGGCCCCGAAAACAUCAACUUCUGGCAAUUUUGGCUCUGAUUAACUCAUAUAUCCCAGGAUCUGACCUUCCACAGGAUUUUUGUCAGUUGUUCUUUAAGAAGAAAGCUGAUCAUUUCUCUUUGGAGACACUAAUGCAGCCCUUCACAGACUUUCUGGCCAUAUUCUCAACAUCUGAAGAAGGAACCAAAAGUGAGGACUUUCGUGUCCGAUUUGUACAUCCCAUGAUUGCUCAUGAAUUUCAAAGGCUGUUAACUGAAGCUGGGGUAACCAGAAGUGAUACAACAUUGAUGCUACUUGGAGAACUGUGUGAUACAAUGCCCCCAUGUUUGGAGAAAACUAUUAAAAAAUUACUCACAAAGCGAGAACAGGACAAUUCUACAGGGACCCAAAAUAAAUUUUCCAAGCUGAUCCUAGAUAUAAACCGAGUGGAAAAGAAAUCCAUGUGUAUUGCAGUGUUGAGAAGAGCCUCGAAUAUAUUUAAAAAGGAUCCGUUUUAUCCACAAGCUCUUGCCCGUUUCUAUUACAUUGAGCAAGAAGCUUAUGAUAUUGCUACAGACUGGGCUAACAUGGCAAUUAGAAGGGAUGAAAGAAACUCCUUUAUCAGAGACACCCUUGGACAAGUGCAAAAAAAUUAUUUGAACAAAAACAAAAAAGCAUGUGCUAUAAAAAUCUUGCAGCUUGGAAAACAAGCAACUAAUGCUUUUAAAGAUGAACAAAAAGUCUCUGAGAAAGAGGAGGCACCAGAGAAGCCUGGCAUGAAAUCUACCAUCUUCAACACCUGGGGUAUCUUUGGCUACAUGCAAGUGGCAAACAUAAUUUUUGAAUCUCUUAAAGAAGCUAAUGAGGAAUGGGGCAAGAUUUUUACAACGGAAACAAACCCAGACAGAUUUCUCCAGUCUUACGAAGAAGGCAAGUGUGAGAAGUAUAAGAGUCUUAUUACAAGUCUAAGAGAUGAAGUUGAGAAAAAGUUCGAGUUUUUUGAAAGGUAUCUCCUUUACUCAAAGCCAAAGAUUGACAAAGAAGAACCUGGAUACUUUAGGCCUGAGGUUGAUUACUGCUACAUCAAAUUUGUAACACAGUCCCAAGAGAACAAAUCAGCACUGCAGAUCCUAAAGGAAAAAAAGGCCAGCACAUUUGCAGGAUUGUUGAACACAAAAUAUCAAGGCACUGACCUGGAACUGAUCACUGAACAAUGGAAUGAAGUGUAUUUGUCUUCACCGAGUGAGGCCAAGAAUAUCCAAAACUACAUUCUUGCACAGGUCUUGUUAAGUCAAAGAUGUCACACUUCCGCAGCACUCAGACAAUUGGAAGAACUUCAGAAAAUGUUGCACAAUCUCUGGACGAAACAAAAAGAUCUAAGAAGUCCAGAGUUCUACCUCUUGGUCCUUCUGCUCUUUUUGCCUGAUGCACAAAAGGACAGACGCAACGGUCUCAACAUAUCUGAAUGUGUUCAAUACAUGAAUCGUUCCUUUGAAAGAACGUACAAAUAUUUCCUACGCUCUCGUUACCUCAGGCCUCUCUUCUUCCUCAGUGAAGGCAAUGGACUACAGAGAUUUGUCCAAAAUUCAUGUAGACAUAAUCCAAUUUACGAUCUUACUAAAGAUCGUAAAUUGAUUUUGGCAUGUAAUAUUCCAGGAUGUGAUUCUCCACAGCUACAACAUGUGAGAGGAGAGGUGAGAAAUUAUAAGGUUUUUGCAGUACAAGGAUCGGAGAUGAUUGAAGUUUCUCCCGAUCAUCCAGCCAGCGUCUGUGGUCAAGGACAGGUUUCUUUCUGUCUUGGCUUGAACAUCAAGGGACCUGUGGCUUACAACAUUAGAUAUGAAAAAUAAAGCCGAAGAUAAAUACUCCUGAUUUGAGCAUGAGCUCCAGAUAAACUUCAGGUUUCCAUGAAUACACAAUGAUUACAACCUCCAUUAUGAAAGGAGAUUAUUAACAACCUGGAUGAAAGUUAAAAAGAGGGAUUCUAAGCUUUCUAUAGAUAUAUUGUUACUGGUGUAGGGUCAGUUUAAUAAGAUGACACGAUAUAAUGGUUUUAGCAUUGUCCUUCAUAAUGGGUCAACUUUUGCUGGACUGCCAUCAACUGCACAACAAUUUCAAGCACGAGCUACAAAAUUUAUGUAAAUAAAAGAAAGUUCCACAUAUUCCGUUGCAGUUUCGCAUGAGCUUAUCCAUCCACAUUAUACAAAAUUCAGAGACAAUAGACAAUUUAUUUUGUAUUUUAUUAUUUAAUAGAAUAUUUUUACAUUUAAUAAUGGCCUCAAGUGAUACUCCAUAACUGAGUGUAUUUACAGCCAAAAGUAUGUAACUGAAGUCUAUAGCACACAUAACUAACUCUGAAUGGAUCAGCAUAAUUUCUUGUGCAUUUAUAAAAUGAAUGUAAUUUUUACAUUGGUAUUAAUAGAAUAAUACUAAAAGACACAACACUAACACUGCUUGUGUCUAUACAAAUAAUCAAUAUAGUCGUUUUGAAACCAGACUUACUUUUCUAAUCAAACCAGCUUGGCAGUCCAGCAAAAAUGCCUCUAGAUAAUGAGAUAAUAUAAUCAGUUGUAGUGCACAGAGGGUAACUAAGUACUGUAUAUUUAUUUACUUGUUUUUACUAUUUACUUGUUUGUUUUGUUGCUGUUCUUCUUUUGAAUUGUCAUCUAAAUUAUAUGUGGAACAGAUAAUGACAAAUUAUUAGCUUGUGAAAGAAUUGGUGGAUUUUUUUUUUUCAAUUUUUAAAUUGUUCAUUCUAAAUUAUAGUACUGUAAUGAUGCAUUUGCACAAACAAACAAACAAACAAACAAAUAAAAUCAUAUGAAGCAUCUAAAGGCCUCAUGAUCAAUUAAUUUUUGUAGCUUAGGCAUUACUGUGAAU